GCAGCUGCCGCAGAAGAAGAUGGGCUGCUAACGAGAGAAGAACCACUGUGCUUUCCGCUAACAAAGUAGCGUUGCUUUGGGUAGAUAUUGUCACUCUACCUUUAAACGUAGUGUGGUUGUGUUUUAUUCCAAAAUGAUUCUAACCGUGAAACCGCUUCAAGGAAAAGAGUGCAGCGUCCAGGUGACUGAAGAUGAAAAGGUCUCCACAGUAAAGGAGCUCGUGUCUGAACGUCUUAAUAUACCAGCAAACCAGCAGCGGUUACUCUACAAAGGGAAAGCGCUUGCAGAUGAACACAGACUGAGUGAUUACUCCAUUGGGCCAGAGGCGAAAUUGAAUCUGGUAAUCCGUCCUGUGGGAGAGAGGACUGGAGCUUCAGGGAUGGCUGCCGGCAGCAGCAGCAGCACACAGGGAGCAGUGUGGCAGACUGUGUCCACUAUACUUGCCAGACACUUCAGUCCAGCAGAUGCAGCUAAAGUCCACGAACAGCUUAUUAAGGACUAUGAACGUUCGCUUCGACAGCUGAGCCUUGAUGACAUUGAACGUUUGGCGGGAAGACUUCUUCACCCAGAGGGCGAGGGCAUGGACACUUCAUACAUGGACUAAGAAUGCCUGCUUGAAACUGCUUUUUCUGAUUGUUUUUUGAAGCGCUCAGUGCUUGGAGAUGCAUACAGUGUUUAGAGUGUGAGGCCAUGGAAAAUGCAAUAUCAGUUUUCUUGCAAAGAGCCCCUGGUGUGUACCUAAUGAGUGGCCGAAUGAAGCUGGAUUACACUGACUGUUGAUUACUCCGCAAUAGGGCUUUCUUAUCCACGUACAAAGGACUUGGAUAAGAAAACAUGGCCACUUUUAACUGGCCCUUGUUAUUGAUGAUGAAGUAAUGACUCAAGACCUGAUCACAUAAUAUGAAUACAAAGGAAUCCAUUUAUGCUGUUGUUUUCACAUGAUCUCUGGCUGCUACGAAUCCCAGGGGACACUAACUUCUACUGGAGGGUAUUUAUUAGUAAUAUGUGUUGAAUGGUGACAGGGUGUUUUCUGUUAACCAAAUGUGAGAAGGUAAUACAUGUUUUAUCCCGUUACUUACUGAUGGCCAUUGUAUGAUUUGUAAAUACCAUGUUUAUAUAUACAGACAUUAAAACACAGAAAAAAAAAUCUU